CAACGCCGACGUUCGGCCGUCUUCGAUUCCAUUUAAAGCCAACUGAGCCCCCCCCUUAUCUCUCGUUAUCCUUCUGACUCAUUUCUUUAAAGUCUGCCUUAUGCGUCUGCUUCGAGCUCUUCUCACCUCCACCAGAUCCCUGCGACAGCUUCCCUUGACGACCUCCCCCGGGAACAUCUCCGCAUUCACCCCACUCACCCGAUCAACCCCGUUCCAGUCCGCGAUCCAGCCCACUUUCAUCAGACGCACAAUGGCCUCCACAAUGGCAAAGCGCCUCGAGGGCAAGACUAUCGUGGUCACCGGUGCUUCGUCCGGUAUUGGCCGCAGUACGGCCAAGGAGUUUGCUCGCACCGCGCCCAAGGACCUGAAGCUGAUCGUGACGGCCCGUCGCAUCGACUCUUUGAAGCAGCUCGCCCAGGAGAUCAAGGAGGAAGUCGGUGAGGGUGUCAAGGUCCUCCCCGUGCAGUUGGAUGUUAGCAAUCCCGAGGAGAUUAAGAACUUCGUGCCGUCUCUGCCCGCCGAGUUCCAGGAGAUCGAUGUGCUUGUGAACAAUGCCGGCCUUGUCAAGGGUGUCGCCAAGGCCCCCGAGAUCGACGCUCAGGAUAUCGACGUCAUGUUCUCAACCAACGUGACCGGAUUGAUCAACAUGACCCAGGCCAUUCUCCCCAUCUUCCAGAAGAGAUCCGACGGCGGUCGCGGCGAUAUCAUCAACAUCGGUAGCAUUGCUGGCCGCGAACCUUACCCCGGCGGAAGCAUCUACUGUGCCACGAAGGCGGCCGUCCGGUCCUUCACCGACGCAUUGAGAAAGGAGCUGGUUGCGACGAGAAUCCGCAUCAUCGAAAUCGACCCCGGUCAGGUGGAAACCGAGUUCUCCGUGGUGCGAUUCUACGGUGACAAGGAGAAGGCUGAUGCAGUCUACGCUGGCUGCGAACCCCUCACCCCCGAUGACAUCGCUGAAGUUGUUGUGUUUGCCGCUGGUCGGCGCGAGAACGUUGUGAUCGCGGAUACGCUGAUCUUCCCCAGCCACCAGGCUUCUCCGGGAAUUAUGCACCGCAAGGCUUAGUGAUAUGCAUGAUCGAUAGAAUUGAAGUAUAUAAAGGCAGGGUACCUGCUACGGUCUGGAAACGAUAGAUAACGGCUAUUUGCAAUUUAAUCACCAUGAACCG